AUGCAGAACUCUAAGGCAGCAGCAGCCAAGAAGCAGAAGCUUAAGGGAUGCAGUGCCUUGUGUUGUAGCUGUAGGCUGAGCGUUUCAUCGUCUUCAGAAGAAGUUGAAAGUUCCAGUUCAGGUAGAUAUCCAACUAUUUCAAGCCUAACACAUGCCAUGGUGCAAGAGAGGUUAGACAAGAUGAUUAGAGAAAGAGAAGAGGCGAAAAACGAAGAGAGGAGGAGGAGGAGGGCGGAGAGAGAUGAGAAGACGAAGUUUAUAGUGAUGAUAGCUAUGGAGAAAUCAUCUUACGAUCCAAGAGAGGAUUUUAGGGAGUCUAUUGGACAGAUGAUAAUGGCAAAUAGGAUUUGUGAUCCUAAAGAUUUAAGACGACUUUUGAAUUAUUAUGUUUCUAUGAAUGCUGAGGAAUAUCGUGGUGUAAUACUUGAAGUUUUUCAUCAAGUUUGCACCAGUUUCUUCUUAUCAUCUGUUGCUGAAAUUUUCUCUACGAAAAACCCAACACAGCACAUUGAAAGCUACUUGGGAGGCUUUUUAGCCCAUCAUGGCACAGUCGCUAAAGAUAGGGAUCAUAAAUGA